AGGGAACAGACUCAGUAGUAAUAUAAGUAAGUCCGAAGAGUUCAGGGAACAGAUUUGUGCAGACCUCCUUCAACGCAACACAGCAAAAUAGAUUAUUGAAGAAUUUGCAAUGGCUGUUUCCCACCUAGUUCUCUUACUGAUGAUAUGGACUCAAUCUUACGGCUCAGAGGCGGUCCAGUUUAGGUUGCUCAACAAAUGUGGAUUUACAGUGUGGCCCGGUAUGUUGACUAGUGGUGGUUCCGCCGAAGGAUGGAAGCUCAAACCUCAAGAGACCAUGACGAUCAGCAGGGAUGGAAACUGGUCCGGCCGUUUUUGGGGAAGAACAGGUUGCAAGUUCAAUGGCUCUGGUGAGGGGCGUUGUGCAACAGGAGACUGCAACGGACUAAACUGUCGCGGAGGCGGCGUCCCCCCAGUGACGUUGGCGGAGUUCACACUGGGAGGGUAUGGUGGCAACGACUUUUAUGACGUGAGCUUGGUGGACGGGUUUAACAUCCCUUUGAAGAUACGUCCCAAAGAUGGAAGCGGUUCUUGCAGGGUGACAAGUUGCAAAUCUAAUGUGAACGCUGUGUGUCCAAACGAUUUAAAGGUUUGGAACGGGAACUCCGUCGUGGCAUGCAAGAGUGCGUGCCUUGCAUGGGGGGAGUCCCAAUACUGCUGCACUGGCGCUCACAACAAGCCGGCGACCUGCCCACCAUCCACUUUCAGUCGGAUCUUCAAGGACACUUGCCCUGACGCCUACAGCUAUGCAUACGACGAUCUGACAAGCACGUUCACGUGUUCAAGUGCAAACUACGACAUUACUUUCUGCCCAUAGAGAGCUCAGAGAACAGACAACGUUUCAGGGAAGAUGAAAAGGAAAGUGGCGAUUUUAAAACAGAAAUUCAACCCCUUCACUACAAGUGAAAUAUUUACGAAUUUCUUUAUUAUUAUUACGGUUAUUCUAUAAAUGAAUGUAAACUGAAACAAAUAAAAUUUUUCGGGAAA